ACGGCAAAAAUGGCGGCGUCCUCGUCCGCAGGACGCGUUUUGACUCUUUGCAAGCAGUUUCAAAAUGUCUUUAGGAUAUCCUCAGCGAUAAAUAUUCAGCACUGUACUGCUGCUGUAACCAAGUACCAGCCUUGUCUCUACAGGGAAAAGUCCGCACUUGCUGCCCUGUCUUGGUACAGUCCCACCAGCUCUGUGGGUCAGUGUCGAGCCCUGCACACUACCAUCAGCAGAAGAGGGCUGGAAGAGUUCUUUGACCUCCCUGAGAACCGAGGAGAGUCCAGCGUCAAGUCAGGUGGACCAUGGACUGCCAAACAGCUGAGAACAAAGAGCAAUGAAGAUUUACACAAACUCUGGUAUGUGCUGCUUAAAGAGAAGAACAUGCUGCUCACACUUCAGCAGGAAUCACGAAGGCAAAAAGUCAUGAUGCCGAGUCCAGAACGAUUAAGGAAGGUUGAGCGGUCAAUGAUAAGACUGGAAACAGUGGUGAACGAGAGAGAGACUGCACUGCGUCUGCUGCAGACAGGACAGGAGAAAGGCAGACCAGGGACCUGGAGGAAGAAUACAUUUGGAUACACCUACUGGUAUCGAUUCAAAGAAUAUGCAAUUCCUUGGUACAUGAACAGAAGGUACAAGCGAAAGAAGUUCUACACACCGAAGUUCGUCGAACCACACAUAAGGCUGCGUAUAGAGAAGCACCUUCGAGAGAGGGCCAGGAAAGCCAACUUAGAGAGGAAAGCUCAGGCCAAGCUCAAGGAGAAGUUUCCUCAGAUGAAAGCGUCCGCCUCAUGAAACGUCAAGCGCAGAUUUUACAGUUAGGGAGUUCUGACAUCUGUCCAGACACAAGGUCUUCUCUGUAUUUUAUCUGUGGCGUGAUAUGGAUACUCAAGUCUGACUCGGCUCAUGUGAAAUAACCGAAGGUGGUCUGAAACUGUAUGAGUGUAUUUGUUCAGCUGUUAUUUGAUCCUAGAAGAUAAAUUAUGCUAAACCAUCCUGUUUUCAUACUUAAAAUUAAAAUAAACCUCAUGUAUUGA